GUUUUGAUUUAUUUAUUUAACUCGUUUUUGAAAGAAUGAAGCAAAUGAAACAGAGUGGGGUCCACUUCCGAACAAGAACAUAGACAAAGACAGAUUCUCAAAUGUCCCAUUUUGAAAAAAGCCCACUUCCCGCGUUUCCUCCUUUUCCAUCAAACAGUCAAAUCCCACUGUUUAUUUAUUUAUUUAUUUAUUAUUAUUUCUUUUUUAAGGUUACCGUUGGUUCCUCAUGCAAAAACAAAACAUCCAAACAAAAUCCAAAGUUUCCACUUUUUCCAAUGCCCAUUUCAAAUUCAAAUAUUUCCUUUUUCCCCCAAAGCUUCUGACCUUUCCCAAUGUCAUCUUCCCACAGCUCACUUCAGCUUAUAAAAUAAAAUAAAAAAUUAAAGUUUGAAUCUUUUCUUAAUCACUCUAAUUUAAAUGUUCUAAAACAGAACUAAAUGUUUUUAAUGGUCUCUUUCUUCCUCGCAUAUAAAUUCCAGGUUAUGAAUCCAGAGAUAGAGACUAGACCACAAAAUACCUUCCCCCAUUUUCUCAUUCUCUUAACUCUUCCCCUGUUCUUGUCUCAACAGACAAAAGAAUGAGUGGUGACAAGAAGACGAUCAUUCAUCGCCAAACUUCCUAUAAUCCUCUCUAUGUCAAUCCCCUUACUGACCUCCGGCACAACCGUAGCUGUAGCGACGGCGGAUUCCGGCAAAGUAAAGAAAACUUGACACCCAAUACGAAGGAGAAACAGAGCGAUGAAAAUGGAGUGCUCUGCGACAAAGAAAACGCGAAUCCGAGUAAUGGGUCUUGUGCUAAUCCUAAGAAAUUUGGGGAUUUCAAGUCGUUUUCGACUGGGAAGGCGUUGAAGCCUUCGUCGCUUCAUCUGUGUAUGCAGAUGAAUGAACCAGAUAAGAUUUUUGGGUCUAAGUUGUGGGAGGGGACUGAUUCAGAGCACUCUAGUUCGUUGAAGAUUUGGGACUUUUCGGAUUCUGAAGCUGCUCCAGCUUCUUCUUGGUCCACAUUGCCUAACAGGUCGUUGUUGUGUAGGCCAUUGCCUGUGGAUGUGGGGAGAUGUACCUGUGUCAUUGUGAAGGAGAAGUCACCGGAUGGACUUCGUGGUGGUGCUUUCUAUUCUCUCUACACCAAUGAAGGGAAGGGAAGGCAGGACCGGAAGUUGGCGGUGGCUCGGCAUCGACGACAGAAUGGGAGGUCAGAGUAUAAAAUAGCUCAGAGUGCAAGAGGGAUAUUGUGCAAUGCAGAUGAUAGUUUUGUUGGAUCCAUGACUACAAACCUUGUUGGUUCGAAAUAUCAUAUAUGGGAUCAGGCGAGCCGACUGAAACCCAUCCCGAGCCAGUCGAAAUCGCUUCUUGCUGCUGUAACAUUCAUGCCUACAAUAACCACUUGGACAGGCAGUCAUAGAAGCAUGAAGGCUUUCAUCCCCAAGCAUCAAACAAUUCAGCUGAAAAACACCAAUCAGCAGGUGCAGCACAUAGCAGGGCUGCCAAGGGAGUGGGAGGAAGAAAAGACCAAAGUCCACCAGCUUGUCUCUAGAGUUCCUCAAUACAACAAGAUUUCUAAGCAAUAUGAGUUGGACUUCAGAGACAGAGGAAGAGCAGUUUCAGGUCUUACGAUCCAAACCUCUGUGAAGAAUUUUCAGUUAACUUUAGAGGAAAAUGGCAAGCAAACAAUUCUCCAACUUGGAAGGAUUGGGAAGUCCAAGUAUGUGAUGGAUUAUAGGUAUCCAUUGACAGGUUACCAAGCAUUUUGCAUAUGCCUGGCUUCCAUAGAUUCAAAGCUUUGUUGCUCAGUAUGAUAAUCCUUGGCUGCUUCUCAGCUCUUUUGCUGUUCAAUCUCUGAACAACCUUCCUUGCAAUGCCCUGACUUACUAAAUAUCGGUGCAACUCUAAUUGAAGAUGUAUUUGUAAAUUCUCUUGACUUAAGAGUUUUGAAUUUUGAUGAUUAACAAUGUUUUGCUUUAAUGGUUUUGGUGAAUCAUGUUUCUCUUUUGGA